GCUCGUGUAUUAAGGUGCUGGUGUACCGCGUGUUCCGGUGUCAGUCUGCAGCCGAGGUUCGUGGACAGCGCAUCGGUGUCUUACACAGCACGUCGACGUGCUAAAAAGUUACAAUUGUAAGUGAGUGUGUUUGUGGGUCGCAUCAAAUUCACAUUUGGUGCGCAAAACGUGAUCGACCGAAAGCGAAAGACCUCCACCGUCAGGCGUUCACAGUGACCGUCCCUCGGACAACAUGACCGUGUCGAUCUACGACGACGAGCUGCUGGGUGGCCAGCAAACCGGUGGCCAGCAGGAGAGCCCACCGACCAUCACACCGGUCAAGCUCGACGAGAAGCUCACCGAGGUUCAGCAGUUUUACAACAAGUGCAGUGUCUUCAUCACCGGUGGAACCGGGUUCCUUGGCAAGACUCUCAUCUACAAACUGCUGACCAGCUGCCCGGGGAUCGAAAACAUCUUUCUGCUGGUGCGGAGCAAGCGCGGCAAGGACAUCUUUUCACGCGUAGAAGAAAUCUUCGACGAUGCUAUGUUUGACAAAAUGAAGCAAGCCUGUCCGAAAUACGACCACAAAAUCCGCGCCGUCGCCGGGGAUUGUAUGCAACCGGCCCUCGGUAUCAGCGCAUCGGAUCGGGAAGUUUUGGCCGAAAACGUCAAUAUUGUGUUUCAUCUUGCCGCCACGGUGCGAUUCGAUGAGAAAAUGAAGACGGCCAUGCAGAUCAACGUGAAGGCGUGCCAGGACGUGCUGGACCUGUGCCACGAGAUGAAGAACCUCAAGUCGAUGAUCUACGUCUCGACCGCGUACACACAGUGCCCGCAGCCGGUCGUCGACGAGCGGUUCUACGACCCGCCGCUCGACUCCGAGAAGAUGAUCCACCUCAGCGACUGCGUCACCGAGGGCAUGAUCGAAAAGAUCACCCCCGUACUGCUCGGCAAGUGGCCCAACACGUACACCUUCACGAAGGCCAUCGCGGAGGACGUGGUCCGUAAAAAUAGCCGCGGAAUGCCUGUCGGAAUGUUUCGCCCGGGAAUCGUGAUCGCAACUUACCAGGAACCAGUGCCCGGAUGGAUCGAUAACUUCUACGGACCGACCGGAGUGAUUGCCGGUGCCGGAACCGGCGUCCUGCGAACGCUGCGUGCCGACCCAACGAAGGUGGCCAACAUGGUGCCGGUCGAUCUGUGCGUCAACGGGAUCAUCUCGUCAGCCUGGGACGUUGGCGAGCGAAACCGAAAGGAGAUCCUGCCCGACCCAGAGAUCCCGAUCUACAACUUUUGCACCGAGCCCAACAACUGCAUCACGUGGGGCGACUUUACGCACACCACCAUCAAAUUUGGCUCGAUGUACCCGACGAUGAAAGCGAUCUGGUACCUGUGCUACUCCAGCAACCCGAACAUCAUCUUGCACUACCUGUCCAUCAUCUUCCUACACUACGCGCCGGCUGUCAUCGGUGACAUCAUUGCGCUACUGAUCGGCAGGAAGCCAAGAUUACUUCGCAGCUACAAGAAGAUCCACCGCUUCAUGGACGUGAUCGAGUACUUCUCGAUGCGCGAAUGGCAGUUCAAGAUGGACAACAUGAACGCGCUCUGGCGCCGGCUGUCCAGUGCGGACAAGAAGCUGUUCUUCUUCGACAUGCGCCAGAUCAACUGGGACUACUUCCUGGAGCAGUACUUCUGCGGUAUCCGGCGGUACCUGCUGAACGAUCCGAUGGAGACCGUACCGCAGGCCGUCAUACGCUGGAACCGCCUGUACUGGCUUCACCAGGCCACGAAGGUCGUCGUGUUGCUGCUGCUCUACAAGCUGGUCGUGUCCGUCUGGGGUAUGCUUAGCUAGAUGCUUGACGCGUUCGAAAACAAGUUUUAUUUAAGCGCAAUUGUUUCACCUUAAGAAUUUCAACACGUUUGAAAAAUUUGUUUUGUGUGAUUUCGGUAUUGUUCACCACGGCAUCGAAUGCGGCGCAUCAUCUUGUGUAUCAUUUGUUUUCGUUUGUUUCUUUAGAAAUAUUACUUUAAACGUACGUGACCCGUCUUUGCGGUGAGGAAACGCCGGUUUACGGCGGAGCAGAUAUGGCCUACGGGGCUAGAGAGUAAGCUCCGGAGACAAAGUUAAAGUAAGGGAAGAUACGGGCGUUGAAAUAGCGCCAAAUAGCAUGAUCACACUCCAAAUAAACUCAUCCAUCCAUCAACUUCAUGGACCGAUCACGCAUUGUGUGUGCAAUAGAAGGCAACUAAAGAGGGUUUCAGCGCUAUUAUCUUUACUGGAGGACUUAAAGUGGGAUUCGCAAUUCCGAUACAGCACAGUAGAUUGUAACAACGCACAUAUGGGGAGGGUGGCUUUAAAAAGCUUUCGAACUCGGUCUAUUCUGGUGAAGUGCGCAAUUCAACAAAGCCAAUGGUUACACGCUAAGAUUUGUUUGUAGGAAGCAAAACAUAUUAUAUCAGACCCGUGGGCACCGUCAGGCGGAACCGGUGAUAUCGUUUAAGGAACUAUGUACACGCGAGAGACAGCAACACCACAAGAAAGAUCAAUAAAAUGCGUGAA